AGUUAGUCUCACACGGAAGGGAAUUACGUAUCCACGUUCUACCUUAACAAAACAGAACGAAACGCGUUGAACAGCAGCUUUCGUGUUCCGCACCGACAGCUGCAACAGCAUAAUAUAACGAAGCGGCGGCGAACGAAGUGUUCAACCGCAACAUCAAUUGCUCAGCAGCGUUGCCGCAAUGUCUCUCUCCGGCAGUCUCGCCGCUGUCGUGCAGGGUAAUGAUGACGAUCCCAUGCGCACGCUCUGGGAGUAUCCUGAGCACGUCUUCAUCUUUACCCGGGCUGGCAAGCCGGUUUUCUCCCUCCACGGUGGUGAGGAGCGGAUGAGUCCGCUGUUUGCGCUGUUGCAGGUGCUGCUGCACAUGGGCGACGCCAGCGAUGACGACAGCGCGGACAACGAUGAUGUGCCGCACACCAGCCAGCCUUCAUCUAGGCAGGCGUCUUCCUCCUCCGCGAGAGAUGCAACGACCUCCGAUGAGGUGCGCCAAGCAGUGUACUAUCAGCCAUGUCCAGAUCCUGCUCAAGGCGGCGAGCACGAGGUGCAGGCCCUCACGCUGUUUUUCUACGUGCAAGGGGAGCUCAUGUACGUUAUGGCGCAGCGCGCGGUUGCCCCCGCCUCACCCGCCCGCCACGAAGACGCAAACGACGCUGAGGAGGGCUGUCCCUACGCUUGCACGACACCGCCGGUUGCGAGCUACUGCGCUGCGCAACUGCGGCAUCUGCAUCACUUUAUUCUGCUUGUGCUACCCACCAUCAAUUCGCUCCUCGAGCAGCAGCCAAGCCUUGAUGUGAUGUGCAUCUACACCGACUCAGAUCGGGCCGCACUGCGUGAGUUGAUCGAGUCCUACGCCUCACGACUUACCUACGCCGUCGGGGCAAUGGCCACCCUCACGUUAAGCGUCGAAAAGCGUCGUAUUGUGGAAGGGGCGCUGCUGCGCUCUUUCCGCUUCACCGACGACGUGGCCGCCCCUCCUGCGCAGCAGCUCUUUAGUCUCCUCUUCUAUCAAGAUUACCUCGUGGCGGCCGUAGGGCCACCGGAGACGUAUGCGAUGUCGCCCGGCGAGGCAGAUCGAGCCGCUCCCCUCGCCUUUGGGCCCGCGGACGCCUGCUGCGGCGGCCUACACGUCGAUGACGCCCUGCUGCUGUACCGGUUCGCCCGCUCCCUCGUGCGGCGCCAGGUGGGCGAGGCCUGGGCACCCGUCUGUUUGCCGCGCUUUAACAACGCCGGCUACCUCUGGUGCUACGCGGUGGACUUUAGUCGCUACAUACGCGAUCUGCGCGGCGAGCUGGGGCUGUCCGUGUGGCCGAGCCUGUGGCCGGCCAAAGGGGAUCAAAAUUUGCUGCUUCUGCACGUCUCCGCCGGACAGGAUGAUUUUACGCCGCUGUCGCGGUGCACGCGUCGCUUCGCGCAGCUGCUCUACGCCCCCGCCGUCAGCGAUAAUUUCUACCACAAGUUAGAGGAGGAAAUCUGCUACCGUACGCCAGCGCUGCUGACGGAGCUGCUCGGCCCGCUGCACGCCUCCUACUGUCCUAUCGGGUCGCACGGCGCUUCCAAUGCUUCGCCGCCCUCGCGCUCGCCUUCGCCGCUGCCGUCGACUUCAUCGUCGAGUCGCUGCGCAGGCGUCCCGCUGUGGUACGGUCUGGUGGUGCAGGGCGGAGACCCGGACUUCUUGACUUCUGACGAGAUGGCUGAGCCGCACGCGACGACGGAAGCCGCCGCUGCCGUUGCUGCGGCCGCCAUGCGCGCCGUCCCCCACGCCACCGCGGACGUUCGUCUCUUUUUUGAGUGUCAGCCUUCGCCGCUGCUCAACUUGACCACCGUCGAUGCAGUGAAGGAGUUUCAUCAGUGCGUGGUUCGCUAUCAGGCGCAGCUGCGCUCCAUGCCGGCCUCGUCUUCCUCGCCGUCGAUGCUGCUGGUGCGCCACAGCAGCUCCGUCGCCUUUGCGCUCGUGCAUCCAACGGUGUCAACGCUGACGACGCUGGCGCAGCACUUUUUCUCGACGUGGGCCCCGCUGGGCAUCCCUGAUGACGUAGACGAGGUGGAGGUGGCGGACGGCAACGCUGAUCCUUCUUUUGCCGGUGAUCGCGCGACCGCUUUGCAUAGUCAGCGACGGGGAAGCGACAGCAAUGAGGAGCCGCAGCACCUGUCACGGCGCGGGGUGUCCUUUUCGGCCUGGUUGGAGGCGGUGCGUGCGUUGGGCGUCGCGGAGCUCGCCGUUGUCUUUCCCGCAGCCACACCAGACGCACUCGCGUGGUAUUGGGUGGCGCGGGUGCUGUUCAUGGCGGUGCAGCGUCGCAGGCGCUACGUGGUGCGUCAGCUGGUCGGAAAACAACCGCAAAAAAGCGCUGUGAAGGUGUGA